GUAACUGAGGCCUUGGGUUGAGAUACCUUGGACUCAAAUUGGGUUCGUAGUCCAGCAAAAGCUUUGCCAAAAUAAUGGGCCCGUGAGUUGGAAAGAAGAUUAGGCCCAUUUCGCUGGCCUGUUUGUAACCAACUCCUUUCUUUUGUGGACCUCUUAUUCGUCUUCACUUCUUCCCCAACAAACACUUCCCAGUUUCCGUACCGAACCACAGAAAAAAAGGCGUCUCCAUUUUUCGGCAUCGCAGAAAAGGAGCUGUGGCUUUGCCUGCCGUGCUGGGGGAAGCCAAUAGAGCGCGCCAAAAGGAAAUGGGCAUUGGCAAGAAGACAUAAAACCUUUGAUUCCAGCUCUCAGAGUGAAAUGGUUCAGUUUCUGGGUUCAGUUCGAGUGACACCUUACACUCUGUCCAAUUUCGCGCAUUCCAGACACCACAUCCCACUCAGCAGCAGCUCUUCGUUUCCCUCCUCAAGAAUUGGCUUCUCUCCUUUCAGGAGGAUUCUCCGAGCUUGCAUUCAGUCAAAUUCAUGUGGGAAAUUUGACACACAGUUACCUUCGGACCAGCCUGAGAUCAUGUUCUUGGGAACAGGAACUAGUGAAGGCAUUCCUCGUCUAAGUUGCCUGACUAAUCCUCUGAAGAAGUGUGAGGUUUGUUCAAAAGCAAUAGAACCUGGUAAUAAGAAUAAGGGGCUGAACACAAGCAUCCUCAUUCUUGAUAGAUGCUGGAAAGUUUUUCUACCACAGUGCUCUUCGGUGGUUUCCUGCAUAUGGGUUUGUUCUUAUUCUACAUACUCAUAGCAUUUCCACUGAAAGUAUUAUGAGUUGGUAAAAUGACAUUAUCAAUUUGUAUGAGAUUAGUGUUGCUUUAGUAAUAUCAUUGACUAAUUUCUUACCUGACUUCUGCAUUUUCAAUAAGUUUCUAUGUCUACUGAAUGAGAAGGGAUGGUAGUGUUGCUCACUCGCUUUGCUUGGUCCUUUAGCUAUCCAGUAGGCAGUAACUGACAGUUUAAUUAGAGAUGGCCAUGAAUUUUCAUGUAUUAGAUGGAUGAGAGUCUACACACCUUUCAGCAUAUAACAGUAUUUUGAAACUAACUGCAAUGUCUUGUACUCAUGUUUUCAGUAAUUUCUUAAAGGAUCUAGCGUUAGCAGCACAUAACCAUUUUUAGCUCUGAGAAGGAUUUAAAUUGGUUAGAGUUCUCAUGCUUCUGCAACGAGGUAAGCUGACUGUUUGCCUGUUUCCUCCGUUAUUGUCUGUGCACUUUCGUACGGUAUUUCCCCACAUAUAGCGACUUCAAAUUUCUGUCAGGCUAAGAACAAUUGAUGCGGUUGUUAUUACUCAUUCUCAUGCUGAUGCCAUUGGAGGUCUCUGACACUAACUUCCGAAUCCGUUUCUAGAUAAAAGCCUUAAAGUUAA